AUGGUGAGAUUGAGUUCGACCAAAACGGUCGUUCUGACCUGCCUCACCCUUUUGCUUGCUAAGAUAAGCUCAGUGCUGAACUUGGAGGAGGCGUUCUUCAAUGGUAACCUCAGCUUCGGUAUCAACUUGUCUAAUUUGUUUACCGACAACCAUGUGAAGGUAAGCGAAUUGAAGAUAAAUUCUGCCUACCUGUUUGAUCCAUCGCCCCGAAUCGAUUUGGACUUGGCGUUAUCAGCCCUAAAGGGGGUACAAGCUAUCGGUCAAAGGGGCAACAGUGGUGGAAGCGAAUGGGAGGGCACUUCCACGAUAGGGGGAGGUUCCCCCUAUGGAGGGGGGGAAACAAAUCCAUGGAGCCGCAUAUCCAGAGAAGACUUUUUUAAAAAGCAGGAUCACACGGAAGAUUAUAUGAAAGGCAUGCCCAUGCCUUACCACAUAAACAACAUUGCAGAUGCUGUUAGGGAGAUCAACUUUUAUUUCAACCAAGGGAGUAAGACUCACCAGGAGGAUCUAAUCUACAGAGGAACAUACACACCGGAGAUUUACACAGAUUCGUACAUCAUCAUAGCAAUCUCAUUUAUGUACUGUUUUUGUAUUAAAAUAAUUUGUGAGGGAUACAUGCGGGGGAAGAAUGUUGCGAAGAAAUAUAUAGCAAAAGUAUCGACAUUAUUUUUCUUCUUUUUAAUAUUAAAAAAUUUGUUGAGUUUUUUACCAGCCAUGUUAUCCUCAACCGUUGGUCUGAUUAUGACAUUUUAUUUCUACUCCGUAUCGAUGAACCCUUGCGAAAAAAUACCUUUUUUAAAAAAAUCAAGUAUUAAAAAAGAACCCAUAGGAUGGGUUCUAAUCGUAUUUGCAGAAUCUCUAAUCAUUGGAAAUAUUUUAUACCAUGCUGUAUGUACCCCCCGAGUGUUAACCAUUUUGUCUACCUAUAUACAAAGUGAAGUGUUGCUGCGGAUGGUUUGCCUCCUUUUUCUUUUACUCAUUGGGUAUAUGAUAUUUUUACUAAUGAUAAGUAACCUUGUGUCAGCUAAGAAGGCACAGAAUUUUGUUUUUUCCUUCACGUCAUCCUAUUUAAUUGUAUCCUGCUGUACCUACUUUUUCAAUGUGUUUUCUCUAAGAAUGUGGAAGAGUAGGGGCAUAUUUCAGAUCGAACCCAUGAUGUUUUUUUCCUACUCUCCUAAAUUUGUUUUUAAUGCUCAGAAUGCAAUUGCGUUGGCUGCUACCUUUGUUAUCACCGCCUUGUCUAUGUGGAUGCCCAAGCUGCUGAAAAUCACCAGGGGGUUCUUUCCCCAGGGGGGGAAACGAAAAAAAGGGCACUCCUCCGAAGAGCGCAGCGCGUACGACAUUAUUAUGAACUGCUUCGCUUGA